GCGUUUGCUCAUUCGCUAGGGACCUAGAGUACGAGCAACAAUAAUAGAGUGUGAGCGAGAACCAACAAGAGCCGGCAACGUGUACCGGGAGGCUGAUCGAUCACGUACACUGAACCAACAGAGAACAGCUAACCGAUCGAUCUCCUUCCCGGAGAGAGAUCACUUCGCCAUGAGCAAGGACGAAGUCGCCGUUCCGGUGGCCGUGGCGCCGGCGAAGCGCCCGCCCAUCAACAAGUACGCCUUCGGCUGCGCGCUCCUCGCCUCCAUGAACUCCGUCCUCCUCGGCUAUGAUAUCUCGGUGAUGAGCGGCGCGCAGAUAUUCAUGAAGGAGGACCUGAAGAUCACCGACACGCAGAUCGAGAUCCUCGCCGGCGUCAUCAACAUCUACUCGCUGUUCGGCUCGCUGGCGGCGGGGUUGACGUCGGACUGGCUGGGCCGGCGGUACACCAUGGUGCUCGCGGCCGCCAUCUUCUUCACGGGCGCGCUCCUCAUGGGGCUCGCCCCGAACUACGCGUUCCUCAUGGCCGGCCGCUUCGUGGCCGGCAUCGGCGUCGGGUACGCCCUCAUGAUCGCUCCCGUGUACACGGCCGAGGUGGCGCCAACCUCCGCCCGCGGCUUCCUCACCUCGUUCCCGGAGGUGUUCAACAACAGCGGCAUCCUCCUCGGCUACGUCUCCAACUUCGCGUUCGCGCGCCUCCCCGUCCACCUGAGCUGGCGCGCCAUGUUCCUCGUCGGCGCCGUGCCACCCAUCUUCCUCGGCAUCGCUGUCCUCGCGAUGCCGGAGUCCCCCAGGUGGCUCGUCAUGCGGGGCCGCAUCGAGGACGCGCGCCGCGUCCUUCUCAAGACCUCUGACUCGCCCGACGAGGCCGAGGAUCGGCUCCUCGACAUCAAGAAAGCCGUGGGCAUCCCCGAGGACGCGUCCGACGGCGAGGACGUGGUCGCCAUCGUCCGCGCGAACAAGGCGUCGCAAGGCCAGGGUGUGUGGAAGGAGCUGCUGUUCAACCCGACCAGGCCCGUUCGCCGCAUGCUCGUCGCCGGGCUCGGCCUCAUGUUCAUCCAGCAAGCCACCGGCGUCGACUGCGUCGUGAUGUACAGCCCGCGGGUGUUCGAGCGUGCCGGCAUUAAGUCGAAGACGAACUCGCUGGGCGCAUCCAUGGCGGUGGGGGUGUGCAAGACCUUCUUCAUCCCGAUCGCGACGCUCCUCCUCGACCGCGUCGGCCGGAGGCCGCUCCUCCUCGCCAGCGGCGGCGGCAUGGCCAUCUUCCUCUUCACCCUGGCCACGUCUCUGCUGAUGAUGGACCGGCGCCCGGAGGGCGAGGCGAAGGCGCUAGGCGCCGUAAGCAUCGCCGCGAUGCUGUCGUUCGUGGCGUCGUUCGCCUCGGGGCUGGGCCCCGUCGCGUGGGUGUACUGCUCGGAGAUCUACCCGGUGCGGCUGCGCGCGCAGGCCGCGGCCAUCGGCACUGGGCUGAACCGGAUGAUGAGCGGGGCCACCACCAUGUCCUUCCUCUCGCUCUCCGACACCAUCACCAUCGCCGGGAGCUUCUACCUGUACGCCUCCAUCGCCGCGGCAGGGUGGGUGUUCAUGUACUUCUUCCUGCCGGAGACCAAGGGCAAGAGCCUGGAGGACACCGUGAAGCUCUUCGGCAAGGACACAGACGACGACGACGACGUCGUCGUCGCCGACGCUGGCCGCCAUGAGCGCAAGAAGUCCACCGAGCUGAGCGCUCAGCACUGAACACGUCCGUCCGUACGUACACACGCCGUCGCCGAGUCCGAGUGUGGUCGACAAGUGUGUGUUGCUUUGUGAAUCUUCAGAUUCUACUAGCCACUCAGGUUUAGAUUGCUAGACUUUUGGAUCUCGUGCACAUCACUUGUUGGCCAUAGCCAACAUGUAGGGACAUCGAGCUGCUUUACGGGGGAAAAGAUUGUGUGAUUGUUCCACACGGCGACGAAUCCACGUAGUAAAAAGGUCGCGGUCACCUCUGCGGUUACGCAGCACGUCACGGAUCUCUGGUUCUCUUCACCCUGUAACAGUUCGAUCAGCCGGCGAAUCCUUCGACGACAGCAUUGAGGAGGUCCAGGAAGCCAUGGUCUACAUGGGUAUGCAUGUGUUCUUGUUCAGAUAUUACCGUGGCAGUGUAAGAGUGUACGAGUCGAUUAAUGUAUAUACUUUUUGCGUCUCUGUUUGGUA